GCUGUCACAACCUUCAGCAGCAUGUCCGGAAAACACGCAUCUCUACUAACCCUGGUGGUCCUCCUGAUCCUGACAGGUGCAGAGGAAAGAUCUGGAGCCCUCAGGAAGCCGUCUUGUGGAGGCCUGUCUGAGAUCGUGGCCUGUCCCAUGAACCUGGCUCCUGUGUGUGGCAGCGAUGGGGUUACCUACGCAAACGAGUGUGCUCUCUGCGUCCAGAGACUGGAAACCAGGGCAGACAUUUUGAUCAUGAAGGAAGAAAGCUGUUAAAGACGACUGUCCAAGACGACAUCAAACUGUCCAAUCAGAACCCUCCUGUAACAUGGCUCCUCCCCCUGCUUGAUGACCUCAGCGCGGCGGUGUUGCUGUGUGACAGCAUCAGUGAUUAAAUUAAAUAUGCAAACAA